AUGAUGGGCUAUGGGGAGUCAGAACUGGAGUCGGCGGAAGAAGAGGCCGUGGCGGCCCCGGGGCCACCACCAGUGCCUCGAGCCUCGGAGCCCCGAGCCCCAGUGCCCGAGCCCGGCCUGGACCUGAGCCUGAGCCCGAGCUCGCGGGCCGAGAGCCCCGAGCCGCCGAGCUGCAGCCCCGGGCGGCGGAAGGGGCGGGCGGGCCGACGGAGCGGGGGUAGGAAAGGGAAGCAGGUCCGAUUCCGCCUGGCGCCGACUUCCCCUAGCCGAUCCGAGCCCCUGCCGGCGACCGCUGUCCCGAGCGAGAAGUUCGCGGCGCAGCAGGAGCUAGGGGCGCCGGCGCUUCAGAGCACCCUGGCCUUAGGCCUCGAGCUGCAAGCUGCGCGAGCCGCUGCCGAGGGCCAGUUUGACGCUGCGAAGGCCGUGGAGGAACAUCUGAGAAAGUCGUUCCAGACCCGCUGCGGCCUGGAGGAGAGCGUUGCCGAGGGACUGAACGUACCCCGAUCCAGGCGCCUCUUCCGGGACCUGGUGAGCCUGCAGGUGCCGGAGGAACAGGUUCUGAACGCAGCGCUCAGGGAGAAGUUGGCUUUCCUCCCGCCGCAGGCCCGAGCCCCGCCCCCGAAGGAGCCAUCUGGAGCAGGGCCAGACAUGACCAUUCUCUGUGACCCAGAAACGUUGUUUUACGAAUCUCCACACCUGACCCUGGAUGGCUUGCCGCCUCUCCGCCUUCAACUGCGGCCCCGGCCUUCAGAGGAUACUUUCCUCAUGUAUCGGACAUUGAGGCGAUGGGAAACUUAG